AUGGGGAAAUCCGGAGGAGGGAAGAAGAAGAAGGGUGGUGGUGGUUCGAACAAGGUAACUACAUCGAAGCCGAUUGUUAAUGGUGGUAAUGUUUCCGAUGCUCAAAUAUUACUAAUCAAACGUGCUCAAGAGCUCAAGGAAGAAGGAAACAACAAGUACCAAGCCGGAGAUUUCUCUGGUGCUCUUGAGCGCUACUCAAAGGGGCUUGAGGUAAUUCCCAAUGACCACCCAAACAGAGCUGUGUUUCACAGCAACCGUGCUGCUUGUUUGAUGCAGAUAAACCCUAACGACUACGAAGAUGUAAUCACCGAGUGUUCCUUGGCGCUUAAGUUUCAGCCAGGGUUUACUCGAGCACUUCUUAGAAGAGCUCGAGCUUUUGAAGCUGUUGGGAAGCUUGAAUUGGCUGUGCAAGACGUGAAUGCGGUUUUAAAAACAGAACCGAAUCACAAGGAAGCCAUGGAAAUGUCGAGGCAGUUAGCUUCUCCCCCUGCUGAAGAUUCUUCUUCUGAAUAUACGGAAGUGGAGAUGGAUGAUUGGUUAUUUGAGUUUGCUCAGCUUUUCCGGUCUCGCCUACGGAUUGAUCCUGAUGCUCACGUCGACUUACAUAAUCUUGGUGUGGACCUUUGCUCUGAAGCACUUGAAGAAACACUCACUAGUGAAGAAGCUCAACCACUUUUCGACGAAGCCGGUGCAAAAUUCCAAAAAGUGGCUGCGAUUGCUUUAUUGGAUUGGGGUAAUGUUCUCAUGUUAUCUGCCAAAAAGCGGAUACCGUUGGAAGAAUCCACAGUACCGGGACAUGCUUAUGAGUGGGUGAAACAGAGGUACAUUAUGGCUAAAGAAAAAUAUGAACAGGCCUUAUCAAUCAAACCCGAUUUUCACGAGGGUUUGCAUGCUUUAGGACACCAGCAAUUUCAGAUGGCUAAACUCCAUUGGUCGCAGCAGAAGAUAGAUUUAUCUGUUUGUGAUCCAGCAGAGACAUUAAAGCUCUUUGAUAGUGCAGAAGAGAAGAUAAAAGCUGCCACUGAGAUGCGUGAUAAGAAAGAGGAAGUAGUUUCGGACAAGAUAAAGAAACAAGGAGAUGGAGAGAAAGAGGAGGAGGCUUCAGAAAUGUUGAUGAUAUGGGGAAAUAUUCUGUAUCAAAGAUCACAAGUGGAAUGGGAAAUCGGUGUAGACGGUUGGGAGAAGAAUUUGGAGUCAGCACUUGAAAGAUAUAAACUUGCUGGUGCCUCUGAAGCUGAUAUUUCUGUUUUUGUCGAUGACCAUUGUUCCAACCAAGCAGCUACAAGAGGAGAUGAGAAAGAAAGUAACUGA